AUGGUACACAAUUUGAGGGGAAAACCAAAGUCUCAACUACAACUGACCGCUGGGAUGAAGGAUGAAUCAACGAGCAAAGACAUGUUCAUACUGCGUCACAAGAUGGAAACUGUUCAGCCACUUCAUUCAGAUUCAAACAGAAGGGACAUAUUGAGCAGAAAUGGGGCUCUGAUAGAAUAUCUUAAAACCACAGAAUCCUUGGAGAGUUCAAACAUUAAAGUGGAUCAAGACUAUAAAGAGGCUGGUAACCCACGAGAGGAAGAUAAUGCUGAGGAUUCUUGGGAACAACAUUUUAAUGAUCAUAAUGAGUAUCCAGUGGACGAGUAUAUAGACCCCUGUGAAAACCACCACUGCCCACGUGGAAAGGUGUGCAAUGUCAACACAGAGAAUAAGCCAAGGUGUGUUUGCCAGGAUCCCAACUCAUGUCCUUCAAGCAUUGGCAAAUCUGACAUGGUUUGUGGCACAGACAACAAAACAUAUGAAAAUUCCUGUCAUCUCUUCGCAGCAAAGUGUACUUUUAAAGACGUUUCUCCGGGACAGCGCCUUCAUCUGGAUUAUACUGGAGCCUGCAAAUACGUUGCACCAUGUCUAGAUAAUGAGUUGUCUCAGUUCUCUCUUCUUAUUCGGAAGUGGCUGAAAGAUGUUCUGGUGCAUCUGUAUGAAUACGAUUUAAAGAACCCAGGAUUAUUGACAAAGAAACAGAAAAUAAUUGUUAAGAAAAUCUACAACCUUCAGGCACAAAUCAAAGCUAGUGUCUAUGGUCGGCAAAGAUGCAACUUUAAUUACCUCAUGAACAUAUAUCCAGUUCACUGGCAGUUUGGUCAACUUGAUCGAAAGCCAGCUGAUGGGUACCUGAGUCACUCUGAGCUUGCUCCUCUUCGGGCUUCAAUAAUUCCCAUGGGUCACUGCACAUCUCGUUUCUUUAAACAGUGCGACACCAGCCGAGACAAAAGAGUCUCCCUCAAAGAGUGGUGUUCCUGUUUUGGCAUAAAAAAUGGUAAGGAGCAUUUUCUGUCACCCAAGUGUAUUUUUAUUUUUAUGUAGUAACACAGAAGGCUGGUCUAAAGUCAACUGGGAUAUACCUAGUUGAUAAAAAGGCCACGAGGAGCCACUAUGGGGGAACACAUGGUGCCAUAAAGGAUACAAUGCUGAAUGAAUAAGCUGAGUCCACAAACAUGCGUACAGCUUUAUAGGCAGGUGAGAUGGGC